AUGCUUUUGAGACAGUCUUUCUUAGGUCUUCUAGCCCUUGGUGUGGUAGUCGGGGCAUCUUCUAAGACGAGACAACAUGGGCUGUUCAAGCGGGCAGCGAAUGUCACAACCUGCAACAUCAACGAGGCCGCACCCAAGGUCAACGCACCGAAAGUCAACGUCUGGGCUCCCAUCUCCCCUGAUGAUAACCUCGCUGUGUGGAAUCUACUCCACGAUCCGGCAACAGGUCUGAACCUCACAGACCCCAACAAUGCGACGAUUACGGACAACUAUGUCUACUGGAUCGACACUCUCCACACCAAUAAGUCCACUGUCCUACCGUACCUCGGUGGUACCGCUAGCCCGCCGCCAAAAUAUGCGCGAGUGGUCAUCUUCAGCGGAGGCCUGGAGAUCCCAGACUCACAGGAGUACAUGGUCGGACCUCUUCCCGUCGGCAACGGAACCAAGGUGGAGAAGCUCGACUACAUCUUCAACGGCGGCAGUGGUGGCAAGAUCCCGUACAACAGUCGCUAUUUUGACGGCCCCCGCCUGGUAGCCUCCGAGCCGCUACUCGUGUCUAUCAUGAGCAACAUCACCGACAUCACGUCUGAACUCAUUGGCGGAGUUUACUACGGCUUGAGCGAUAAUCGGACUACCCUCACUUCCACCAGCGGUACGCCCCUGUCUUAUGAUGGCACCCAAGCAUUUCGCACGGUUAUGUUUAGAUAUCCCAAUACAGCGACAUAUCUUACGCCACUAGACUUCUCCGUUAUGCUAGACGUUACCGGCACAGAUGCUUCACAGUACAAAUUACGAGGCAUCGUGACGAAUGAGAAGUUCUUUCCCACCGUCGCUGCUUUGCGGACCGCGUGGGAGGCAGGAGAGCUGAAGGAGCAAUUUAAGCAGAGCCGGACUCCCGACUGGGGUCUCCUGGAUUAUAAGCCUGAGAUGGGAGUCAGAGACCUCGAGAACAAGCUAGCGCCUCAAAGCCUCGAGGUUGGCGGCAAGAGGUAUAAGGUUGAUGAGGAACAGAAAUACAUCGAAUACAUGGGGUGGUCCUUCUACACCUCGUACUCGCGAACCCUUGGGCUGAUGUACUAUGACAUCAAGUUCAAGGGUGAAAGGAUCAUCUACGAGCUUUCGCUACAGGAAGCUGCUGCACAAUAUGCUGGUUUCACACCCAAGGCAGCUGGAACAGUGUACCACGAUACGUACUACAGCCUUGGUACCUACCUGGGCACGUUGGUCGAGGGGUAUGAUUGCCCCUUUGGCAGCACUUUCUGGAACGUCACGCACCACGAAGGCAACUCGUCUGUCGUCAGCACAGAUGCGAUUUGCAUUUUCGAAGCCGAUGCUGGCUAUCCUGUCUCACGCCACCGAUACGGUAGUAGUAAUGAGUACGGCUUCAGUUAUCUGGGCACAGUCAAGGCCUCGGCUUUGACUAUGCGAUCGGUAGCGACUGUGGGAAACUACGACUACAUGUUCGACUACUCUUUCCACGUUGACGGUAGUCUCGAGGUCACAGUCCGAGCAUCGGGAUUCCUGCAAUCUUCAUUCUACUACCCAGACCAGGAAGAGUUUGGUCCCAGAAUCCAGGAGGCGACGAUGGGAUCACUACAUGAUCAUAUUCUCACCUACAAGGCCGACUUUGAUAUUCUCGACACCAAAAACAGUCUUGAAGUAAGCGAGCUCGUUCUAGUCAAUACGAGCCAGCCUUGGUAUCCAGAGCUUGGCUCCUUUGAGCAGAUGCAGCUGCAAAAGUCUACAAUGACGGACGAGCAACAGUUCAACUGGCAACCAAACAACGCGGCAAUGUACUGUAUUGUAAAUCCCAACGCCACGAACGCGUGGGGGGAAAAGCGCGGCUACCGCAUAGUCCCCGGAAUGUCCAAUAUUCAUCUCACGCCGCUCAAUUCUCCCUGGACGAAGUACCAGACGCCGUUCGCUAAGUCACACCUCGCGCUCUCGAGACAGCAUGACACCGAGCCGUACGCGAACAGUCACUCCAACGUUAACUUGCCUCUGAAGCCCCAACAAGACUUCAUGAAAUUUUUUGAUGGCGAGAGUGUCGAAAAUGAAGAUAUCGUUCUUUGGUUCAAUUUGGGUAUGCAUCACUUCACCAGGUCCGAGGAUAUCCCCGUUACACUUUAUAGCGAGGCUGUGAGCAGCAUUGUCUUUGCGCCGCAGAACUUCAACGAUCGGGCGCAGGACGGCGAUCUGCAGAACAGGAGAUGGAUCGUCGUUAACGAGACGACUGGUGAACUUGAGUCUGAUAAUUAUGGGGUUGAACUGCCUUCCGAGUGCGAAGUUGGCUUUUCUGAGCCUGUUCUCGGGAUCAAGAAAAACGAAGAAGCUUGA